AUGGCGUUGGAAGAUUAUGAUGAUCUCAUGCUAAUUUGGACACGUCAGAGUGAGACUCUGAAAGAAACCUAUAGUGACUAUGUCCUUGCUGAUCUUAUAGAAUGUCAAGAUGAAGAAAAUAAGGCUGCUGUUUGUGAGGAUGGUGACACUGCAGUAGGAUUCAUGAGCUUGUGUUCUAAAGUAAAUGUUUCCUUGUUUCAAGAGUGUUUUGACUUAGGGCCUUUCCAUGGACUAUGUAAACCACAUCCUGAAGAUAUUCUCACAAUGCCACAGAAGCCAAGUAUUCAAGAAGGUUACAAGACUUUGGGAGAUCAGGGACUGUCUCUUUAUUUUUAUAUUGGGCAUGAUACAACAACACAUCUACAAGCCACCUUACUGCAAAUGGUGAAAAACAAUGAUGAUAAAAGCAAGCAAACAAGUCAAGAAACGGAGUCUGUUUCAUCUCGAAACUUUGAGCAUAUUCAUGAUGAGGAUGCAGCUGUGCAGAAGGAUGGAGCUGUUACCAUUUCCUGUACUGAACUGCCAUUAGGUGAUGUCAAAGAUUUCAAAGCCUCAGCAACACUUCUCCUUGAGACUGAAGAAAAAGGUGCUUUUCAUCCAGUGUACAGAGGAGCUUCAAAUGCUUUCCGUAUCCGUCUGUUUUGUAUUGAUGAGGAGCAUGAAACUAGAUCACUGGAUUUUUUGCAUUACGUUUUCAAGCUUUUUCCAGACAAGGACUUCUGUGUCAUCCUCGUGCCACAUCACGUACCAGAGUUCCACCUGAUCCAGAGUUUUGUUCGGGUUGUUCCUUUCUGUACUUCCAAACUUGGUCAUGAGCUUUAUGUGUUCCACCGUGCGGGAUUGCUCAAGUGAGUCAUGUGCCUCGUGACAACAGAUUGGGUCUUCUGA